AACAUGAGUCGAAAAGGGAGACAAAUGACCUGUCAAAAGUGUUUCCAAAAAGGACACAAUUCAAGAAAAUGCAAAGCACAAGGACCCACCACUGCCCCACAACCUGAAAAUGCCAAUGCAAGUGAAGAGCAAGUUCCUGUUGAAGAUUCCCAACAUCCCACAACAGUCACUGAAAAUGAUGAUUCUCAAAUUCCUUUGAGUCAAGUGGUGAACCCAAUGCCUGUCAAUGAUCCAAUGUCUGUGCAGAAUCAGAAUGAAGAGAAUACCAAUCCAGCAACUGUCCAGCAACAAAAAAAUAGAGUUCAGAUACCUGCAAAAAGGCAAAACAAGAAGGGCCAAAGGAGUUCAGAAUCAACAACUGCGAAUCCCCCUGUAGCUGCACCACAUGCCACUGUAGAAACUCCGCAGCAACCUAAAAAAAGAGUGAAGACAAGUGCAAAAGAACCACCAAGACAUAGGGCAAAAAGUGUUGGUAAUAGGUCAAACCAAUAAAAAAGGAAUUUGUUGCAGUAUGUUUGUUUGAUUCUGGACUGUUGGUAGUAUAUUUUGCUUUGUGCUUGUGUUUGGAAAAUAUGAGACAGUUGAUUGGCAAGCUAGUUUUUAGUGUAUGCUUGAUACUUGACACUGAAAAAGAGAGAUUUUUUGUGUGUAAGCAUUGCUUGAUACUUUGUACUAUGUGUAUCUAAUCUUUGUUUUUUUGGUAAUUUAUGUGUAUCUUGCAUGUUUGGUUUUAUGCACUUAAUGCCCAGCAUUUGGAAAAUAUGCAUUGAAUUUCCCUAAUUUCUAAAAUGAAUGUUGAACUCACAG